AUGCUAAUCACUAACGGUGUGGCUGGUAUUAUAAUCAAUGUUGGAGAUAACGAAUAUUUAACAAACGAGAUUCAAAAUACAGCUAAUCAGUUUAAAAAGCCGAUCUUAAUUGUCAAAGGAUACCAAGGAAAUGAUUUAUCGCUAAUCUACAGCAAGCUGCAAGAAAAGUAUGUCCGGACAAAAUCAAUUCAAGUUAGCAUUGAUCGCGUCGAAAAUCCUAAAACUGAAGUGUAUUUCAACCUAAACGGAUUCAUCGAAGUUUGUGUUUUAUCUUCGUUCUUAAUUAUCUUCUUCAUUUUUAUGAUGGGAUUAUUUAUAAGAAUGAAGUUACAAGCUAAGCGUUAUGGAAAAAUUCGAAAAUUAACAAAUAAAGCGUUAAAUACCAUGAAAGUCUACAAAUAUGAAUCUGCGUUGCUAGUUAAGUCUUCGCUACAUUCUCUUCAAACAUUAAUUCGAAGCGAUAAUAGCGAUUAUUCUCAUACCACUACAAGAGUAGCAGUUGAUGAACCCACGUGUCCCAUUUGCUUGGAAACAUUUCUCUCAGGCGAGGAUAUUCGAAUUACACCUUGUCAACAUGAAUUCCAUAAAAAAUGCGUAGAUCUAUGGUUCGAAGAAAACUAUACUUGUCCAUUGUGUAAAAGCAAUAUUUUGGAAAAAGUUUUUAAGAAAUUACAGAUCGAGCGUACCACAAAUGGAGUUCAAAUUCACUAUGGUGAUAUGGUCUAUGUUUAA